AUGACGAAAUUGUUGUUACCGUCGCAACUACGCGGAAGCUCGUUGGAGCUCGGACGCGGGCAAAAAGUAUAUGGGGACGUGAAUAAAGCGAAAAAUAUAUGGGCACACGUGAAAGGGGACGCUCUACCUUUCGGUAGAGAUUGUCCACGAGUAAACAGACAUUCCUGCACACCUGAGAGGCACCUGAUAGAUCUCGAGUGCUACGCCCAGUGGGUAGAAACGCUUCUGUUAAUGGCGGCGGGACCGCCGGUGCAGCUGGAACCAGUGGACCUGUCCGUGAAAACUCCCGUGGUGUUGCAGGUGCCACGGUACAGUCCGGCGGCGAUAAUUAACGCCGUCGCAAGAAGAGUACCGUCGCCCUCGACGACGCCCACGCCGCCGCCGCCGCCGCUCUGCGUAUCAACCGUUUUCGACGGCGAGGUAGCGAGCAGGGAUAAAUGGAGGAAAUAUGUUUCUUUUGCAGCGUCCCCGUCUCUGCCACCGUUGGUCGAAACAGCAUGGGACAGAGAUCACGAUCGUGAUCGCAGCCGGGAGAGAAACCGGGAGCGCGAGAGGAUGCGGGAGAGGAGCGGCGAGAACGAGAGGGAUCCCGCGACCAGGGAGAGAGAGGCGCGGGACCGAGAGAGGGAACGCGACAGGGACAGGCAAAGGGACAGGGAGAGGGACCGGGAGAGGGACAUGUCGGUCUGCAUGAUGGAGCCACCCGACUCCGUCUACAUGUCCCCUUCCGCGGCUCUUCUCACGUUGCAAAGGAUAAAGAACGCUUCUUACGUGUUCCACAAACGUCCGACGCUAGCGGCGGGUAUUGGUUUGGGCGGUAGAGGAAAUGCCGGCGUUGGCGGAAACGGCGGCAAUUUAGGUGUCGACGGCGAAUGCGGCGACGCGCUGAAGAGACGCAAGGUUCACAGAUGCGACGUCGCCGGCUGCGACAAGGUUUACACGAAGAGCUCGCACCUAAAGGCGCACAAGAGGACUCAUACCGGCGAGAAGCCGUACCAGUGCACGUGGGAAGGCUGCACGUGGAAAUUCGCACGAUCGGACGAGCUGACGCGGCACUAUCGCAAGCACACGGGCCAAAAGCCGUUCAAGUGCCAUCUCUGUCAGCGAUCGUUUUCGCGGAGUGACCACCUGUCGCUCCACAUGAAGAGGCACUGAUGGUGAGGACCGACUGGAGCCGCGCGACGCGAGAGAAAGCGCACGCCGAUCGGCGGGAGGAAAUGGAGGAAAGCUGGAGAACGGUCCUCGGUUAAUCGACUAGUGAUCCCGAGCGAUCCUAGGCGAGAUACGAUGAUAUUUCUUACAUUUGGGACCUGAAGAGCCGCGCCGCGCGCCGGCCCGUCCUGAAACCUUAGGUCGGACCGGCCGGCCGAGCGGGCAGCAACUAGGAAAAAGAGAAAAUAAAUCGACGAAGCAAACAAAUCGCGUUCAUUAGAUUUAGCGCUUAAUCGCGACGCCGACCAGUCUCGGUCGGCUGACGCUCUCGGUGCUGUCUCUCGCGAGCCUUUCGACGGGGAUCUCUCCGGAAAAGAAUGAUCACAGCUGCGGCGUAAUCGGGCCGGCGUCGGAAUUGCGAGCGUUGAACAAUCGCGAGGGGAGAUAAUCGUUUUUACCAAUUGUCGGGCUUUAACGGAGGCGCGUUUUGUCGCUUCACGAUUUUGAGGAAGGGACGAUCCGCUCGCGCGAUCGAGAUCGCCUAUAGAUUCGGCACGACGAGACGUAUCGUUACAUAUAUCCGUUCUCUUCUGUGUUUCUAGCCAAUUUUUACUCGUUCGAUUUUCCAGUUUGUUUUCUUUUUUUUAUAUAUAAUAGAUAUAUAUACAUUUAAUUAAGGCCAGCUCAACUAGUCUAGAGCACCAUAUAUCGUAUGUAUCGCGAAGAAGAGAGCCAGUAAUAAUUAAUUAAUUAAUUAAGGUAAGUAAAUGGUUAGCGUUGUAAGUUAAAGAAUAUAUCGAACUCCGGUGACGGAGCUUGGGACUUAGCAUGCUCAGUUAAAUAAACUACAAUCGUGAUCGUAGACACUACGUAAAGCAUUGAUAGAGCAAUUUUUCGAUUAUGCACAAAGAAUUUCGCGUUUAGAAACGGACAAUCAUUAACGUUUUAUUACGUAGUAAUGAAGCGGGAUAUACAUGAACGUCGGCAUACCAGAAGCCAGUAUUACGUAACGAGCAAUAUCACUGAUGGCUUUAUAUGUACGAUGCUUUCCAAAAAAAUCUGUUCUUAGUCGCUAAAAAUGGGAGGGGGGAGGAGCCCUUCCUCGAUUCGCAAGUCGUCAAAUUUGAAUUUUCGUGCCAAAGUAGAAGGUGCAAUCGCGAGAUAUCGUUAAUACUGCGUGCUUUACGGAAAGAGAGAAGCAUAAUCGAGUAAAUUAUUCUUUUGCUAUCGCGCCUUGAGAUUUUCGAUCCUGACCACCCGGUGCACGUGUCACGCGAACGAGAUAGUAACGACGUUACUUUCGCAUCUUGUGCAGGCAUCCUGAAAACUCAGCAGCUCAAUAAAUAUCCGCGGGGCGCCGAAAUAUAUGCUCAAACACCCUGUGUUGACUGUCGAAGGAACGAUUCACUUUUCAUAUAUAUAUUUAUAUCGUUCUUUAUGACUUUCCGAUUGCAAAUAAUGAUUGUAUCAGGAUGCCUUGGCACAUCGAAUUGUCGACUUCGGGAGUAAUUCAAAAGUGCAAUUUAGGAAACUACGUUUCAAACAUUAUUUAAUUAUUUAUUAUUGGAUUUAUUAGUCAAGAGAAAAUAGCUAUAGUCUUCGUAUAGCUACAGUUUUCGAUUUAAUAGGCCACAAAAAUGCUAAUGGAAUUAAUUGCAUAAUGUGCGAAACGCAUAGAGAAAGAGUGUAUUAUAUUUAUUUAGUUUAGUUAAAAGCAUAAAAUGGCUGUUGGAAAUUAUAGACACCGAAGUCGCUCAUUCCGCGUGUCAAACGUUCGAAAACUCGUAAACGGGCACGAAAAUUUCAACGCGCCUCGCUUGAUAUAUCGUAAUACAAAUCGUGUACAUAAUCUCUAGAAACUUUGCGGGACGCGGCAUACACUGCGUAGGUGGCAGAUGUAGCAUUAGCCUGUUUCUUUAAACUGCGUUUACGCCGCUGCAUGAACGCGGCUAAAGUUAGUUGGGACACCUAUCAUGAAGCCAGUUGAGACAACGGAACAAGAUGCCAGUAUAUGCUAGAGCCAGUUUAUAUCAUUAAAGAGAAAACCUCUGCAUCUAAGAUUAAUGCGAGGGUCGAUAAAUUAACAUUUGUUACGUGUUGUACUCUGAUAGGGGAUAGUGCCUUCUAAUGUUAAGGAAGGGGGACGCUGCGUUAGGCCUUAAGUAUUACUGUUAGUGCCUUAAGUCACGCGAAUCUUCGUGCUUGUACACCUUUCAUAAUCCGAUCCUACGAAUCCUCGCCCGGAGGACCAGUUCGGCGCGCUUCAUGGUAUCUUCCCCGCAGAAGUUACAAAUCGGGACGUCACGUCGGCUCACACGAAGCUCUAUUUAACGCGCGCCAAGUUUUCGGAGUACCAGAGAUUGAAAAACUAUAUCGGGCGUUUGGGAAAUCACGCACUCGGGCGUUUGGCAAAUCACGCACUCGUAACGAUAUACAAUUUUUACCGGAAUUUUUAGUUGUCUAUUGAAUAUCGAGGGACAGAGAGAUUCGGCGUAUUGGCACGUAUUCACAUAUCUUAUAUUCCUGGCGGAAAGCGUCUACCUUUCGCUUUUCUUUCAUUUCCCCCCCCCCCUUCUUUUUAUAAUAUUUCGAUCGAAACGUUACGAUUGAUCCCGAUUGUCUGGUGUAAUCGAAUAUAUUAUUUUUUCUCACGCAACUCUCGUCACUUAGAAUGUAAUUACUUAGCUUUCGAUACGCAUCCUCGUACAUUUCUGUGUAGAUCUCAUUGCACGCUGAAAUUUGGGAAUGUCUAUUAUCUCGCACAAUCCUCAACAUAUCGCAUAAAUUGAUUAUCUAAGACGGAUAAUAACGUUCCAUUGCUUCUUUGCAUAAUUUACCAUGCUGGGCUGCGGUAGGGUUUUUAAAGGGAAACAGUCACGUUUUUUACGAUUUACGAAUUAUUUUUGUACACGGUUGUCGGGAAAGAAUUCGCUGACAAAGAGAGUAUUAUUUUGAUUGUACUGAUCUUCGGAGGAAAUAUCUGAAAACGGCUGUUAAAGAAAAGCGCCAUACGUACGGCGAAAAUGUACACUGGCAUCAUAACGAUACGGUAUAUUUCAUUUUGUUUCACUCAUAUACGAGGGUGGUUUGAUAAGUAACUCGGUUCGCAUGCUGAUGUAGAGCGACAGCGACAUACGUGGUUAUAAAAUUCCCUUCUUGGAUGAGGAUGACUGUUCUAUGGCCACAAAUCAUCCUGAUGCUAAUUCGUUGUUUGGCAGUUACUUAACUACACGAGCGUUUCAAGUGCCACUAAGAUAUGGAUAAACUUGGAAUUCGCGUAUUUUGAGGGCCUCGAGGAAAUCCACUUCUGCGACGGAACCACAAACCUGGAGAAACGUUGGGGCAAGUGCGUUGAACUGCGAGGGGAUUACGAUCGAAAUAUAAAGUACGCUGCAAGACUCAAAUUUUUCUUUUUAAUAUCAAACCACCCUCGUCUGACGUAUGUCGUCAUUUUGGUCUCUGUCACCUUUCUUGUCCAAAUUUCAGACUGCUGUGUGAAUACUCGUAUUAACGGAAUAUCUAAAUCCCUUUUGCGAUAUUCGGAAAAAUUAACUAAAAAUACCUAGGUCUUAAUCUAAGUUGUCUACAACUUGAACAACCGUGUGUGACGCUUCAGUCUUCGUAAUCUUCUGUUAAGAUUAUCGUUCAACGUUGGAGCCAUCUUCAUAUUCAGUUAUUCAAUUAGUUUUGUGACUGAUAGUGUUGGUCGAUUUGAUACGAUGUCCAAUUUAAUUUCUUAGAUAAGCUCUAAUUUAUGCUUUUUUAUUCAAUCACUUGUUUUCAUUUUGAUUAUAUUCUUUUGUAGAUUCUCUAUGCAUAAUAAAAAAAUGUCUUUCAAAAUUUAAAGAAUGUAUUUAAUAAUUAGUUAGGGAUAUGGUUACAGAUAUAUUUAAAAAAUGCUUACACGUUCGACAUGUGGAAAAAGGUUUAUUCGAGAUAGGUACGUAUAACGUUUCCGUAGAAUAUUUGCUCACUCGCUUACGUUCGGCCAGAAAAGCGUUUUUCACAUUUGCAUGCGGCACGUGGCAUCGAUCGUUAUUUACUGUAGGUUUAAGAAACGCUCGAAAUGCACGAACUAGGUAGCCACUGCGUGCGUUAAAUGCCGUCCUUUUUACGGAAAGACAGAAAUGAGUCAUUGGACAUUCCCGCUGUAACUAGCACGAGGGCUCAUUGAGGUCUGUCGCGCGGGAUGCUCCAGCGUCGUCAGGGAUUUUGAUAUUCCGGAAAAAAGGGAAGGACUACGGAUUUACAUUCCCCGAGCACACACGUUCCUACGUCGAAAAGUGCGUGUAGUUUCGAGAAAAUUCAAUACUUUACGCGUAUUUAAAUUUCUCCUUUUCUCUCUCUCUCUCUCUCUCUUUCACAGCUUAUUUCUCAUGUUAAUGCACGACUAUUCAAUUCUCCGUAGAAGGCGAGCCGUGAAUGGAUAAGGAAGUAGGUAAACGAGCUUCAUAUCUGAAUUUUCUUUGAGGGGCCCCGCCCAGGAAAAUUAGCAUUUCAAGUGCCUUAACAGAUGUCAACUGACUAACUAAUCGGGAUUACGUAGCCGCGGACCCUAAGUCACCGCGAGUCGCCAAGUCUCGGACGCGGGUCAUUUAUAUUUGGCGCACCUCGGCGAGUCUGGCUCUAAAGAUGAAUAAAACAAAUACGCGGCGAUUUGCAUACGCGACACGCGCGCGGAGAGGAAUCCCGUCGAUUACGAUCUUAAAUAGUAACUCCGUAAGAGAAGCGCCGCUACUACGAUAUUUCUCCGCGCGUUUCUGUGGUAUCGAGUAAUAUCGAGCUCGGGCCAUUCGGUAAAUCUCAGCCGAAAUUCAGAUUUAUCUCAAGGGAGCCGAAGAUAGCACGAAGGACUGAGGAAUGAAAUCGGUAUUUCAAGAGGAAACUCCGUAUUAUCUACACGAGAUAUUCAUUCCAAGCAUCCUCUCGGCAAGAUAUGACCGGUCCAAGAGAUAGUUCAGUGUUCGUUAGUUGCUUUAAAAGUGCAGACGACAUGUUUAUUUUAAGAAAGGGAUUAGUGUUUGUCAGCUUUGAGGUUUCACGUUUUCCAGUAUUAUUUUCCCGUCGUUUGUGUUCAACGAGGAACGACUGUGUCGAGUGUUUAAUGCGCUAAAAGCAUGGUGCUUCGGAUCACUUUACGGUUAGUUAUGUAUGUCUUUCUGGUAUCAUUUGUGCUCUCAAACUUGCGCGUAUGGAUAAGUCAGUGAAGAAACAUCGAUUUUAUUUUUCUUUUAUAUACAUUUUUUUUCACGGACUUCAAUUGCAUGAAUUUCCUUUUAAUUGUCGUUCAUUUAUCGUGUGCAUGGUUUGGUGCUUUCAUAUCCGCAUACGUGAGCAUAAUAGAAUGCAAUAUAUGCGUAAAAUAAAUAGUACGAGAAGUUUGAUAAAUUAGAAAAAUUCGCGAUUCGAAAAUCUGAGUUGGAAGGAGUACGAAACUACUCCUGGCGCUUACGUCCGCGCAUUAAUUUACGUGAAAACGAGAUCGCAUAAUUCCCUUAACUAGCGAGCGUACUUCGUCAUAGGCUAUCAGUUUAUCUAUCCAUUUUUAAGCGGUAACUCUUGCUUUCGCCUUUCCCUCGACGACUUUCUUUCUCUCGUCCAGAUACCAGAAUGCCGCGGUACGUGUCUCAAUGGGCGACCAAGAGAUAUGCUUUAUUUUUAUAUUACGGAAAGUACUAAGAGCGAAAUACGAGCGUCGUACGGUAAUCUCUACGACAGGCUACAGCGCCAAGUACAUCGUUGUCCGUAAGCUUCGACACGGACUUUCGCGCGAAUUUGACGAACGGAACUACUAGGUGUUAAGGUAACACUUAAAGGAAAAAUAAUUACUGUGUACAUAGUAUGUAAAGUUCUUCGCUUUAUGACCGCCAGAUCGACGGAUCGGCGAAUUAGAAUAGCGUGAUUCUAUCUAAAUAAUAUAACCAAUGGGGGCCAGUAAUUCUCUCUCGGAUCUCGCACGGAUUAUUGCGAUGCGCGCAGCAUAGCCCAAAUCACAAAUUUCAGCACGGCUUCGUAUAAGAAUAAAUGUAUAUACCGGCAAACAUAUAUUGCAAUAAUUCCUAAUAAUGAUCCGCCGUAGAAUUUCUUUUUCUUUCGCGAGCCACGACAACGUCUGAAAUUUCCAAUAUUUUCCCUCUCAAACUUUAUCGAUACUCGUCUUCGGCAAAUAAGAGAUAAGAUUACACGUACAAUAAAUGUUAGAUUGUUUCUUUUGACAAAAGAGAAAAGCGAGUCGCUAAAAUUUGGAAGAAGGGCAAGAUACUUGCGCGCCACUAACUAUUACCUUUUAAGCAUAAUUGUAUAUGUUGCGUAGAAACGUAGAUCAAUGAUAAUAUAUUAUGAAUCACUGUAUAAACGAAGGCAUUAUAUAUUAUGCUAACUUGGUAUUUUCUAUUAUACCACGCGGCGCUUGAAGAUGGUCUCUAUCGUACUGCGCACAGAAGAGUUCGUUAGUUAAAUGAAAAGAAGAAAUUUAUAUAUAUAUAAAUAUAUAUAUAUAGAGAGAGAUAAACAUAUAGAUAUAUUGUAAAUGUGGUUGUAAUCAUAUUACUGUUAUCGAUAUCGAUAUAUGUCCUUGAUUUGGAUAAUUUAUUUAUUGCAGCGGAAGGAAAUGGAGAAUGUAUAAUUAUUGUACUCCGCGGAAAGAUGAAUAGUGAAAUAUAUAUUACGCACGAAAAAUUAUAUAUAUAUAUAUUAUAUAUUUAUAUACGACAUUAUCGUAAAUGCCGGUGACGUUUUUGUACGAGAAAGUCCUAAAAGUAUAUUCGGCCGAGUACGGCCGUGAGCGCGCAUAUUGAUUAUUAAUUAACUUGCGAUUCCUACUAUGGAAGUGAAUCUUAUAUCGUAAGAUCCGGGUGGUACGGUCGUGGCUGACGUGAUUUAUGACGAAAUAAAUAUAUCGCCGUUCGAUCGAGUUGCAGCGACGUGUGAUGUACAUGCACACGGCGCGCCAUGUUGCCCCUGUGUGUGGUACAGCCGCGCAUCUGUCUCGGCAAUCGUACUAUCGAAACGCGUUGGUUACAUAUUUUAGAUAAUACUUAUUAUCAUUAUCAUUAUUACGAUUCUUAUUAUAAUUACUACUCUA